UUGUUUCUCUGCUUUAAAAGACAUUUUAGGUUAAUCACUUUAUUUGUCUAAAAUCACUACUGUUGUCCAGGCUAAUCUGUUUAAUUUUGGCAUAUGAUUAAGCAGGUAAUGAGUGUUCUCACAUAUUAUCUGUUUGCACUGUCUGGACUACAGGGACUGGUGGAUCAGAGUCCAUUUGCAGGGAUUUAUCUGUUUAAUAACUGGAAGAGUUGUGUUGCACUGCCCUAAGGGCCACAUAAUAACGCACUCUGGCGCUCAGUCAUCACUAAUGUCCUGAUCCUGCUAAAUGGACCUGGUUAAGUCUAAUAUAAGUAGAUGGUUCUUCCUGUGUCCUGUCCCCCUGUUCCCCUCUGUACAGUAGCAUCUUUUUCCAGCUCUCCUGGGGGUUUCCAGCCACUGACUGUGCGGUGUAUAAAAGACCCUGUGAGGAUGUUAUCACCACUGACAUUAGUCAGAACACCACACAACGAGGACACUUAACCCAGGACCAGAAUUUCCCCUGUCCUCCAGGCACCAAGUCUUUGAACUCAAUAGGUGUAUUCGGACAACUGAAAUCUUCCACUGCCUUUGUCGUCAGCGUUCAUCUGACCUCCUCUCCAGUCUGAGGCCAUGGACACAGCUGCGGUGGUGACUCUUCUGGCUCUGGUUAUGGCGAUGGCUGGCGUCAGCCGAGCUCUUCACAUCCAAGGCAGUCUGGACAAAAAUGACAUCCUGCCAGGCUCAGAGGAGAACAUAGCUGACGGCUUGCUAGGGCUGGAGAGUGAAAACAUAGAUAACAGCAUUGAUGAUCGUCUGCUGACUGCAGUGCUGAGAGCUCUGCUGCUCGGAUCACAGAGAGAAACCAGGACCUCUGUCCUCCAUCAGCCACAGAGGUUUGGCCGCAGCUCUAGAGGGCAGGUGGUGUCCGAGGAUCAGAUACAUUCCCGUGACUGGGAGGCUGCCCCUGGUCAAAUCUGGAGCAUGGCGGUACCCCAGAGAUUCGGCAAGAAAUAAUUUGGAAGAUUCGUACAUCAAUGCCCUGGCAAGCAGUGGGCAACUGUGGAGAGACAAAUUUUGAAUGAAUAAAUUUGAAUUAUAAAGGCAUGUUUUUUCAACAUUGUUCCAGCCUAUUAGGCUUUAUUUGACACCCAACGUCUAGUUAAAGAUGACAUGAGCUUAAUUUUUUCUUUUCUUUUCUUAUUUCCAAUAUUGCAAAGCAUGUCAGUGAGUGCCUAAUAAGGCUUUCUGAGUAAGCCUCAUUUGUCCUGACAGGAAUGUUAUUUUGCACCUGAAGAGUUUGCCGAAAACUGAUUGCUACAUUUUUUGUUCUUCUUUUG